CCGGGGCAGUAGGGAAUGGCUGAGCCCGGGAUUUGCCGCCUCCGCCGCCGCCGCCGCCGCUACCGCCCGCUCUCGGCUGCCGCCGCAGGACCUUAGCAUCCUGAGACAUCAUAGCCUUCAGGGUUGACCUGGUCAGAGUUCAUCAUGUCCAAGUUAAAAAGCUCAGAGUCAGUCAGGGUGGUGGUUCGCUGUCGGCCCAUGAAUGGCAAGGAAAAGGCCGCUUCAUAUGACAAGGUGGUAGAUGUGGACGUGAAGCUGGGCCAGGUGUCUGUGAAGAACCCCAGAGGAGUGGCCCAUGAAAUGCCCAAGACCUUCACCUUUGAUGCAGUGUAUGACUGGAAUGCCAAGCAGUUUGAACUCUAUGAUGAGACGUUCCGACCGCUUGUGGACUCCGUUCUGCAGGGUUUCAAUGGGACGAUUUUUGCCUAUGGACAAACAGGAACUGGGAAAACCUACACAAUGGAAGGAGUCCGUGGUGACCCUGAAAAAAGAGGGGUCAUCCCUAACUCAUUUGAUCACAUCUUCACCCAUAUCUCUCGAUCCCAAAAUCAACAGUACCUGGUCAGGGCUUCUUACUUAGAGAUCUACCAGGAGGAGAUCCGAGAUUUGCUCUCAAAGGAUCAGACCAAAAGGCUUGAGCUCAAAGAGAGGCCUGACACUGGAGUGUAUGUGAAAGACCUGUCUUCCUUUGUCACCAAGAGCGUGAAGGAAAUAGAGCACGUGAUGAAUGUUGGGAACCAGAACCGUUCUGUUGGUGCUACUAACAUGAAUGAGCACAGUUCACGUUCUCAUGCAAUUUUUGUCAUCACCAUCGAGUGCAGUGAGGUGGGCCUUGAUGGAGAAAACCACAUUCGUGUAGGGAAAUUGAACCUUGUAGAUCUUGCUGGCAGUGAACGGCAAGCCAAGACCGGUGCACAAGGGGAAAGACUGAAGGAAGCGACCAAGAUCAACCUGUCCCUUUCAGCCUUGGGUAAUGUCAUCUCUGCCCUGGUGGAUGGCAAAAGCACUCACAUUCCAUAUCGGGACUCGAAGCUUACCAGGCUCCUCCAAGAUUCUCUUGGUGGCAACGCUAAAACUGUGAUGGUGGCCAAUGUGGGGCCUGCCUCUUACAAUGUAGAAGAAACUCUGACCACUCUGAGAUAUGCCAACCGUGCCAAAAACAUUAAGAACAAGCCAAGGGUCAAUGAGGACCCUAAGGAUGCCCUCCUUCGAGAAUUUCAGGAAGAGAUUGCUCGGCUCAAGGCCCAGCUAGAAAAACGGUCCAUUGGCAGGAAAAAGAGGCGAGAAAAACGGAGGGAAGGUGGUAGCAGUGGUGGGGGUGGGGAAGACGAGGAGGAUGAGGGAGAAGAAGGUGAGGAGGAAGGGGAUGAUAAGGAUGAUUAUUGGCGGGAACAGCAAGAAAAACUGGAGAUUGAGAAGCGGGCCAUUGUAGAGGACCACAGCUUGGUUGCAGAGGAGAAGAUGAAGCUGCUGAAAGAGAAGGAGAAGAAGAUGGAGGACCUGAGGCGGGAGAAGGAUGCUGCCGAGAUGCUGGGCGCCAAAAUCAAGGCCAUGGAGAGUAAGCUGCUUGUUGGAGGAAAAAAUAUAGUAGAUCAUACCAACGAACAGCAGAAAAUCUUGGAGCAAAAACGGCAGGAAAUUGCAGAGCAGAAACGUCGAGAAAGAGAAAUCCAGCAACAGAUGGAAAGUCGAGAUGAGGAGACCUUAGAACUUAAAGAGACCUACAGCUCGUUGCAGCAAGAGGUGGACAUCAAGACCAAAAAACUCAAAAAGCUCUUCUCCAAGCUUCAGGCAGUGAAGGCAGAGAUCCAUGACCUCCAAGAAGAGCACAUCAAGGAGCGGCAGGAGCUGGAGCAGACUCAGAAUGAGCUCACCAGGGAGCUGAAACUCAAGCAUCUUAUUAUAGAAAACUUUAUUCCUCUGGAAGAAAAAAGUAAAAUUAUGAAUAGAUCCUUCUUUGAUGAAGAGGAAGAUCAUUGGAAACUACAUCCUAUAACCAGACUGGAGAAUCAGCAGAUGAUGAAGCGGCCCGUCUCAGCUGUGGGAUAUAAGAGACCAUUGAGCCAGCAUGCAAGAAUGUCCAUGAUGAUUCGUCCAGAGGCUCGAUAUAGGGCAGAAAACAUUGUGCUGCUAGAGCUGGACAUGCCCAGCCGGACCACCAGGGACUACGAGGGCCCUGCCAUUGCCCCCAAAGUCCAGGCGGCAUUGGAUGCAGCUCUGCAGGACGAAGAUGAAAUACAGGUGGAUGCAUCAUCCUUUGAAAGUACUGCAAAUAAGAAAUCCAAGACCAGGCCUAAAAGCGGAAGGAAGUCGGGAUCCUCCUCCUCUUCCUCAGGAACCCCUGCAUCUCAGCUUUAUCCACAGUCUCGGGGGCUGGUUCCAAAGUAAAGCCAGUUCCUGCUCUCCUGGGGUUUAAACAGCAGUUGCCUUCUGAGAAAAGAGCUGAGCAAAUACCUGCAGAGACGACUCCAGCCCAAACUCAGAACAUUCCCCUGGGGAGAAGCGAUGGCCUCUUUGCAGAUUAACCAACUUAAUCUGGCUGAAAGGUGCUGGUCCUAACCUGGCAUUCAGCUCCUCUGGGCAACGUCCCUUAAUUAGCAUCUCAGAUAUGCAUGGGUAAGGUAAAGUGCGGUAGUCGAAGUGGAAAGCAAGAGGAUGACCAGUGACCUUGCUUCCCUUCUCCCUUCCCUUCUCCCCUCUCCUUUUCUAGCCUGUUCUUUACACUGGGCUCCCUUCUUGUUGAACAAAAGGGCAGAAUCAGGAGUCACCUUAGCAGGACCAAGUCUUUGGAGCCUCAGGAUAAAACAGCAGUGAGGUUGAAAAGUGAAAGCCCUAGAACUUGAAUACGUGCUUGUUCUUGUAGGUUGAAAUGAGAAAUCUCAUUUGGACCCAAACCCCCAGUGGGCAUGAUCCAUGCUCCUCAGUAAGAAGGGGAUCUGUCUUUGGGAUCUGCUAAAUGAGGAAAUGUUUUCCGAGGAAGCUACCAAUUUCUCUCCUGAGGGGUUAAUGUUGGAAGCAAUAGAAAUCACAUUCCCUUUGCCUCCUUGGAGAGUUUAAAGGCUUCUUUAAAAACCUCAAAACCAUGACCAUCCUGUCAAAGACAUAAAUCUGUAAGCUGAUGCCAUGUCCAUACACCGUGUCAUUUUACUCUUCAUUUGUCACCAUCUUUAGCCAAGUGUGUGUACUCUGAGCAUCCUUCCUAGGCCCAUCUGCCUCCUGAGCAUGCUCUACAGUGGGCCUGUUUUGUGGGAGAAGGGAGGCUGGCUCUGCCUUCUCUGUUUGGACAAAAGUAGGGGGAAUGAGACAUAUGGUGGCACUUCUGAACCAUUUUGUCCCAUAUUUACGUAGAGAGCAUAAGGGUACUGGGCAGAUGCAGAGACAGAGACAUGCGGCUCAGUGCAGUGUGAAGGGAAGACAAAGGUGGGAGCAAAUGAACCUGCCUGCCUUCAGCUGAAACUCACCAAAUCCUAGGAUGGUGGCUCUCCCAGGCAGAACCUGAAGUGGUGGCUAGGAGGUGCUGUGUGAUUGUAUAGGCUCAGAGGAGAGUUAGAAAUUCCCCAUUUACAUAUACUAGUUUGGUUUAUAAGUUUUAGUUCUUUGUAUUGAAAUUCAAAGCUUCAUUUUAUGUUGGUCAUUAGGUGACUGUUACUCCUUUUCCCCCCAAGAAACACUCAUAAGUGUGUGUGGAUGUGCAAGCACAAUGGUGCCUAUGUCCUUUGAGUGUGUCCACGUGUGUCUGUAAGAGAAAGAUA